AAUCUCAAAAUCGAAAUUUUAUAUUCAUUUCCUCUUUACUUCGCCAGAAGAAGAUGCCAUCUUGGAUGGCAUUAUGAAACAACUGAAGAACACUAACAAGGAUCUCUUUAGGAAUACAAAUUCAUUUCAUUUUUGACCACUGGCAUAACUCAAUGUCCAUUGAUAUGAGUGAAAGUGCUGCUGCUGGCGAUGCUCCUUCUCCUAAUGGUAUCGGGAUUGAUAGUGGAGACGAUGAUGGCGGUAUUUCUGUUCCCUAUUUAUAUGCACAAGCAACGACUGAUGUGAUACCAACGGAAUUCGAUGAUCAUUCGUAUGCCUAUUCCUCGCAUGUCAUUGAACGUGUCACUCAUGUUGCCACAACAUUCGAAGAGGCAGCUGCGUCGGCAGCAGCAGGAGCGACUGCAUCAACUGGAGGCCAGCCAAUGAAUAUUACUUUUGCCUCGGUGACGGCAACCAAUUCGGCAAAUUGCUCAAUGCUUUUUGCCAAUUACACGCCACCCCAGCCAGGCAUCUACUGCAAUUGGACAUGGGACUCGCUGCUCUGUUGGCCACCUACUCCAGCUGGCAUGUUGGCUCGCAUGAACUGUCCAUCCGGUUAUCAUGGUGUCGAUACGCGCAAAUUUGCCAAUCGCAAAUGCGAACUGGAUGGUCAUUGGGGUAGCCGUCCCAAUCAGACUGAACCCAAUCCAGCUGGUUGGACCGAUUAUGGUCCAUGUUAUAAGCCUGAAGUGAUUCAGCUAAUGCAGGAAAUGGGCAGCAAGGAUAUUGAUGUUUACAUUGAGAUUGCACAACGGACACGUACCAUGGAGACAUUUGGCCUAUGUCUAUCGUUAUUGGCAUUGAUUCUAUCGCUAGUGAUAUUCCAUGCGUUUCGUUCGUUACGCAAUAAUCGCACGAAAAUCCAUAAGAAUCUAUUUAUAGCCAUGGUCUUGCAAGUUCUAGUGCGUUUAACUUUAUAUUUCGAUCAAUUUCGUCGGGGUAGUAACAACAAAGAGGCGGCCACCAAUACAAGUUUGGCGGUAAUUGAAAAUACGCCAUAUCUGUGUGAGGCUUCGUAUGUGCUAUUGGAAUAUGCUCGCACCGCCAUGUUCAUGUGGAUGUUCAUUGAGGGCCUCUACCUGCAUAAUAUGGUCACUGUGGCUGUAUUCCAAGGUAGCUUUCCUCUCAAAUUCUUUUCCCUACUGGGCUGGGGUGUGCCCAUACUAAUGACCACUGUAUGGGCACGUUGUACUAUGAUGUAUAUGGAUACCACAGUUGGCGAAUGUCUAUGGAAUUACAAUCUAACGCCGUAUUAUUGGAUAUUGGAGGGACCACGUUUGGCUGUCAUAUUGCUUAAUUUCUGCUUUUUGGUAAAUAUUAUACGUGUAUUGGUCAUGAAGCUACGUCAAUCACAGGCCAGCGAUAUUGAACAGACUCGAAAAGCGGUACGUGCCGCCAUUGUACUCUUGCCCUUAUUGGGCAUUACGAAUGUGCUGCAAUUGAUGCCGGCCCUUAAAACGGCGACCAAUUUUGCCGUUUGGUCCUAUGGUACACACUUCCUAACCUCAUUUCAGGGUUUCUUCAUAGCGCUCAUCUACUGUUUUCUUAAUGGCGAGGUACGAGCUGUUUUACUCAAAAGCCUUGCCACCCAAAUGUCUGUACGUGGCCAUCCCGAAUGGGUACCAAAACGAGCCUCCAUGUAUUCGGGUGCCUAUAAUACUGCACCCGAUACCGAUGCCGUUCAGACCCAGCCUCAAGGUGGACCCGAUAUAUUACCCUCAACGGGCAAACGCAUUUCUCCACCCAAUAAGAGACAUACUAGUCGCAAGGCGAGCAGCGCCAGCAUUGUUAUUAUCCAUGAGCCACAACAACGUCAACGUCUCUUGCAGCGCAGCAGCACGAUGAAUAUAAGUAAUGCCAAAAAUUUGACUAAUCAAACGACCGAUAUAGAUCCAGAGGCUCCAGGCGUAUCGCCAACGGCGAUGAUGGACGCCAAUGCGGCCACUCAACGCAUUCAUAGCAAGGAAUCAUCGGCAAGGACUAAUUCAACACCCAAUUGGAUGAUAUUCGUCUUGUGCUUUCGCGGUCAAAAGGUACUUAGAGUACCGCCAGCGUCAUCAUCCGUACCACCCGAGUCAGUUGUAUUUGAGUUGUCAAGGCAGUAGUAGAACAAAAAACUUAAUGAAACCAAAAAAAAAAAAAAUUAGUAGAUGUAGCAAAAAAUGUAGUUGACUCUUGUAGAAUAAAACACAAAAAAAAAUCACGUAGAUUUGCAUUUGCCCUCAGACCUAGACCCUAGACACCUCUAGUCUCAUUUUUCUGUCUCUUUAUCUCUCUCUCUAUCACUCUCUCUCUCACAAUUUCUGUCGCUCAAAAGUCCUGUAAACUAUAACCUGCAUUUGUAUACCCUACUUUAAUUGUAACUCAUAACUGUAAUAUUAGCUACCUAUAAAAUUCAUUCAUUAAUUCAUAGAAAUUUUACAAAAUUAUAGGAUUGGAUCAGAAUUCGAUUAGCUGCGGUCUUUCCAAUUCUCUUCAUCAAAUUAAAAUUCGAAAAUUAAAGCCAUUAUAUACUUUAUAUAUCGCCCUAUCUACCUAUA